AUGAUCACUCCGGAUUUAGUUGUUGUUCCUAUAAGAUUUAUAAAUGAUGUGGAUAAACCAUAUGGUGAUAGUCGUACUGAUGAACAAAAAGCAUACGAUUUCGCAAGAAGACAACUUCCCGAGGACUGGGUUCCCAAUCCGCCGAAAACACACAGACAGGUGACUGACAGUUUGGCUGCGAAGCAACCUGCAAAAAAAGCAAAAAAGCGGACUGCAAAAACCAAGAAGAAGUCGUCUGGCAGCUCGGUUUCCAAGAAGACAACAAAAACAACCGACAAACAGGCUGACAGUUCAAUUGACGAUACGGCUACCACAUCGGCUAGCAAACUAAUCGACGUUGCGGCCGACGAAGCUGGUAAAUCGGUUGACAAAUCGAUUGACAAUUCGGUUGGCAAAUCCGUUCAUAAUUCGGCGGACGAAUCGGCUGAUAAAACUGCUAUUGGACUUUGA